GCUUUCAUCUCUAUCACAAGUUGCCCUCCAUAGUACCUGAAAGCUGUCUCCUCAUUCUGGUCGGAUUGCUUCUUGGUGGGAUUAUUUUUGGAGCAGAGGAGAAGUCCCCACCUGUAAUGAACAGUGAUGUUUUUUUCUUGUAUCUUUUACCACCCAUUGUACUCGACGCUGGAUAUUUUAUGCCAACUCGCCUUUUCUUUGAGAACUUUGGUACCAUAUUCUGGUAUGCUGUGGUGGGCACACUCUGGAACGCCAUUGGCAUUGGAAUUUCACUUUAUGGAAUUUGCCAGAUCAGUGCGUUUGGUUUGACUGAUAUCACAUUGCUGCAGAAUUUGCUCUUUGGCAGCCUCAUUUCAGCUGUGGAUCCUGUGGCCGUGUUAGCUGUUUUUGAAAAUAUUCAUGUCAAUGAGCAGCUUUACAUCUUGGUGUUUGGAGAGUCUUUGCUGAAUGAUGCCAUAACUGUGGUCCUGUACAAUUUGUUCAAGUCUUUCUGCCAGAUGCGCACAAUUAAGGUUAUUGACAUAUUCGCUGGGAUUGCUAACUUCUUUAUAGUGGGGAUCGGUGGAGUGUUGAUUGGAAUCCUUUUGGGAUUUGUAGCAGCCUUUACCACCCGUUUCACCCAUAAAAUCCGCGUGAUUGAGCCACUCUUUGUCUUCCUGUACAGUUACUUGUCAUACAUAACAGCUGAAAUGUUUCAUCUCUCGGGCAUCAUGGCGAUUACUGCUUGUGCCAUGACCAUGAAUAAAUAUGUGGAGGAAAAUGUUUCUCAAAAAUCCUAUACGACAAUAAAGUAUUUCAUGAAGAUGCUGAGCAGUGUCAGUGAGACCUUAAUCUUCAUCUUCAUGGGAGUGUCUACGGUUGGGAAGAACCAUGAGUGGAACUGGGCCUUCGUGAGCUUCACCCUCCUUUUCUGUUUAAUCUGGAGGGCACUGGGUGUUUUUGUUCUGACUCAGAUCAUUAAUGUGUUUCGGACAAUUCCUCUCACUUUUAAGGACCAAUUUAUUAUUGCCUAUGGAGGCCUCCGAGGAGCUAUUUGUUUUUCACUUGUAUUUCUGCUUCCUCCUGCCGUGUUUCCCAGGAAGAAAUUGUUCAUCACUGCUGUCAUUGUGGUGAUAUUCUUUACUGUUUUCAUUCAGGGAAUAACAAUUCGCCCACUGGUGGAGUUUCUUGAUGUCAAAAGGUCAAAUAAAAAGCAGCCUGCUGUCAGUGAAGAAAUUUAUAACAGGUUCUUUGACCACGUGAAGGCUGGAAUUGAAGAUGUGUGUGGACACUGGGGUCACAACUUUUGGAGAGAUAAGUUUAAAAAGUUUGAUCAUAAAUACCUGCGAAGACUUCUAAUCCGGGAGAACCAGCCCAAAUCCAGCAUCGUUUCUUUAUACAAGAAGCUGGAAAUUAAGCAUGCCAUUGAGAUGGCAGAGAGUGGAAUGAUAAGCAAGGUCCCAUCGUCAGUGUCUCUCAGUGAAUAUCAUGAAGGAAAGAUAAAGCCACUUUCUCCCACUGAAAUGGAAAACAUGAGGGAAAUACUAACAAAGAAUCUCUACCAAAUACGGCAUCGAACAAUGUCAUACAACCGACACAGCCUGGCUGCAGAUGCAAGUGAAAAGCAGGCCAAAGAAAUUCUUAUCCGUCGCCGGCACAGCCUCAGGGAGAGCCUGAGGAAAACGAACAGCCUGUCAAGAGAAAGACCAGCUGCUGCAAAUACUAAGAGAUUCCUUUCACUUCCUAAAAACACUAAACUCCCAGAGAAACUACGAGUGAGAAAUAAACCAUCUUCCAGAGUGGGUGACAGCAGUGACUCGGAGAUGGAUGCGGCUACCACAGUGCUCAAUCUAAGACCCAGAGCAGGGAAAAUCCUGAGAGACCAGAGACCGAGGCAGCAGAGGCCAGCGCCUGAGUUUAGGGUGGAGUGGAAGAAUGAAGUUGAUGGGAACCAGGACAGACGAGUCGAGCAGCAGGAGGCAAGCACCUUGCCUCAGCCAUCCGUUGGGUUCAGGCAGCCACUGCUGACGAGACCAAGAUUUGGCACUUUAAGCAGGGAAGAUGUGACUGCAGAACAUGGGUCAGCAAGACCUAUGCCACCACCACGGUUAGUUAGGCAGGCAUCACAAGGGGAAAGGCCGAGAAACAAGCCUGAGAACCAGCCAUACUGAACACAGCAAAAAGAGAACUGUUGGUAAUAAACCAUGGACACACGCAAUUAGGAUUCUAAACUAUCUAAUCAGACUAUGGAAUCCAUUAGAAAAAAAACCCACAAGCCUCAGUGUGGAUCUAACCACUUCCAUUUGGGUAAAGUCAAUGCCAUUAAUUAAGUUAAAGGAAUACUGGAGCAAUUGCAAAGCUGAAGAUAAAGAAAAAAAAAAA